ACAAGAAAUGAGAUCAUCAUGGUUGUUGUUCAAAGACCAGAUGUAACAGUUCUGGACUCGAACUGGACCUGUGUAAAAAGCCAAAUUUCUCCUGAAUUGCACCAUGGUAGAAGCAAACAUUUUACUGGAAAUCAUCGUCUUUACUGGAAAGCUUCUAUCCCUCCUAUGGGACUGCAAACAUACUAUGUUGCUAAUGGUUUUGUGGGAUGUGAAAAGGCCAAACCGGCAAGACUUCAAAUUUCCAGUGCUGAUGAUGUACCCUGUCCCGCUCCAUAUGCUUGCUCAAAAGUAGAAGGUGACGCCAUCGAGAUCAGUAAUCAACAUAGGAAACUCACCUUCCAAGUCGACCUUGGGUUGUUGCAGAAAAUAAGCAAUAUUGAUGGUUCCCAAAAUAUUGUUGCUGAAGAACUAGGUAUGUACUCAAGCACGGAAAGUGGAGCCUAUCUUUUUAAACCAAAUGGUGAUGCUGAGCCUAUCGUCCGGGCAGGUGGAAUAUUGGUGGUCUCAGAGGGCCAUUUGGUUCAGGAAGUGUACUCUUGUCCUAAGACAGCAUAUGACAAAAGCCCAGUUUCCCAUAGUACCCGCAUUUAUAAUGGUGAUAAGACCAUACAAGAACAUCUAAUUGAGAAGGAAUAUCAUGUUGAACUUCUUGGACAUGAAUUCAAUGACAGAGAGUUGAUAGCUAGGUACAAGACUGAUGUUGAUAAUAAGAGGAUUUUCUACUCUGAUUUGAAUGGGUUCCAAAUGAGCCGUAGAGAGACCUAUGACAAGAUCCCCCCACAGGGAAAUUACUAUCCAAUGCCAUCUCUAGCAUUCAUGCAAGCCUCCAAUGGACUGCGCUUCUCUGUCCAUACUCGGCAAUCACUUGGUGUGGCAAGCCUUAAGAAUGGAUAUUUAGAGAUUAUGCUUGAUCGCCGUCUAACAAGAGAUGAUGGUCGUGGUCUUGGCCAAGGAGUGAUGGAUAACCGUCCGAUGAAUGUUGUCUUUCAUAUCCUUCUGGAAUCCAACAUUUCACAAAUUGCAGAUCCUGUCUCAAGCUCUUAUCCUUUAAGUCCCUCUCUUUUAUCACAGUUGGUUGGUGCACACUUGAAUUAUCCUGUACAUGUAUUUAUUGCCAAGAAGUCUCAGGAGAUAUCUGUGCAGCCACCUCCUAGAUCUUUCUCUCCUUUGGCGGCUCCCUUACCCUGUGACUUGCAUGUAGUGAACUUCAAGGUCCCUCGCCCUUCUAAAUACUCACAACAGCCCCUUCAAGAGGCUAGAUUUGUUCUGAUUUUGCAAAGACGACACUGGGACUCUUCAUAUUGUAGGAAGGGCAGGUCUGAAUGUAUGAGCGUGGCCGACGUGCCUGUCAAUUUAUUUGACAUGUUCAAGGGGCUUGCAGUGUUGAACGCAAAAGCAACUUCUCUAAACCUUUUACAUGAUGACACGGAGAUGCUUGGUUACAGUGAGCAGUUUCAGGAAGGUGCUCAAGAAGGGCAUGUCCUCAUAUCUCCCAUGGAAAUUCAGGCUUAUAAAUUGGAUCUACGGCCUCAUGAAUGACUUGGAAGUCACAAGAAUACCAACUUUGUUUCUUUUCUCUCACUGAUUCCAUCUCUGGUUCAUUGGUGGCACAGAGGAUUUCCUAGCUUUUAUCCAUUCUCUGCUACCAAAUCAGGAUGGACAGAUUCCCUGCUUCACUGGGGUAUGGGACCAAUUAACUUCUCAAGGUGCAUAGAUGAUCCAACAAGUUAGAAAAGUACAAUCAAUAGCAGAGAUAUACGACAUUCCUGUUAUGUUAGAGAUGGCUGUUCAUAGUACUCAGAUUGCGUCUAUGCUACAGAGCUGAUGUGUAGAUUACAUCAGCUGGAAGAAUUGGGGCAGUGCAAUUAUGUCUUCUACAAAAGUCAGAAUAUCAUAAACCGAAGUUUUGCUAGGGUUAAAAGUUUUACAUGCAGUUCCAUAUUGGAUA